UAAAUGCUCGUGGUAAACAGCAGCACCUUGCCACACGUACAUGUACUUUGCUUUGGUUUCGGGUCCUCAAGCAGAAAGCGAGCUCUCAGCUGCCAGCUGAUAGGAGGGACUGCUGGAAGUGGCGAGCUGACGUGUUGUCCCUGCUUGUGUAACUUUGCAAGUAGCUCCUGUAUUUAUUGCUUGCGUUCCCCUGGGCGAAACAGUGCAGGAACGACCUCUUCAUAUUCACAGACAGCAAGCCUGCUCUCAAAACCCUGAUCGCCGGGGUCAGAACAUGAAAUACUUAAACGGGACAGGAAACUUGUACAGUUCAGGGCUGCAGUUGCUGCUGCUGGCAGGGACCCUCGCACUGCAAGUGCCCCAGGCCCUGGGCUACUUCAACACCAAGGCCAUUGCUGGGAUGUCAGACCAUAUCAAAGGCACUUGGCUGAAGCUGAGACCUAUACUGUCCCCUCGGGACUUGCCCGGGCUCUUUGCCGUGUGUAACAUACAGCCCAGCUCUGACCUGAAGGCCGGUCUGCCCGCUAUCAGCGGCUACAUCCUCUUCCACCAAAAGAGUCCCGAUAGCAGCCUGGAUGCAUACUUCGACCUGCAAGGCUUCCCGAUGGACGACACACAGUCCGAGCGAGCGAUCCACGUCCAUCAGUUCGGGGACCUGAGCGGCGGCUGCGGCUCCACCGGACCCCACUUCAAUCCGUUCGGCGUGAACCACCCGAGCCACCCCGGGGACUUCCACAACUUCAAGGUGAAGAACGGCAAGAUCGUCAAGCACCUCAUCCACCUGAAAGCCAACCUGUACGGAGUUCACACCAUCCUGGGCCGCGGGGUGGUGGUCCACCAGGGCAAGGAUGACCUGGGGUUCGGGGGGAACCCGGAAAGUCUCCGGAGCGGGAACUCCGGGACAAGGCUGGCCUGCUGUACGAUUGGACUCAGCAAAGGAGACCUUUGGCAGCAAAUGGUGCAGAAGGAGUGAAGCUGCUGAAUGGUCGAUUCUCCUGCUCCUCGGGUGCUGCCUGACCUGCUGUGCUUUGGCUCUGAUCUCUAGCAUUUGCAGUCCUCACUUUCUCCCUGCUGAUCUGCGCCAGGCCAGUUCGAUGUGUUCUCAACUUAAACAAUGUAGAAGUUUCGCUUGCACCAACACGCACGGCUCGUUUUGAUAUAUGUUGCCUUAUUUAAUCGGCAAACGCUAACAACCUUAGUAAAUAACGCACGCCUUCCCAAUGCAGAUACCCGGGUGUAAUUCUGGAUUAGUGGUGCUGGGAGAGCACAGCAGUUCAGGCAGCAUCCGAGGAGCAGUAAAAUCGACAUUUCGGC